AUGGAGGACGAACUACGUUGCCCGACAUGCAAACAACUUUUCGCCAAUCCGGUUUUGUUGCCCUGCUUCCAUGCCCUCUGCUUGGGUUGUGCACUUGACAUACAGACCGCUUACACGCCCGCCUCAGCAUUGGCCGCUAUCAACGCCGGCGCUGGUCUCGUCUCGAACGGCAACAUCAACAGCGGUUGCUUAGUUCAUUCGCAUCCAUUGCACGGCACAACAGCACAUGGUAGCACCGUUACCACUACUGCUACAGUCCAUUCACACAGUGGCGUUGGUACGCCUGCACCACCACCUUCACAUCCACCGUCGACACGUCAUUCUUCGAAUAGUUCAGCCGCCAGCACUGCCAGCUCGGCUACGGGCAGCGAAAGUGUCACAUCCGAUCAGGAUCAAGCCGAUAAGGUGAGCAUCUUGAGUGAGGCUGAUUCGGGUGUUGUCUGCUGUUCGAACACAUCUCGUCCGGUUUCGUACGCUGGCACUGCACAGUUGCAGGGUUUAUUGCAGGGCGCUGCUGCUGCGCCACCCGGUGCCGCUUUCUAUCUCACCUGUCCGCUCUGCCGGAAGCUGGUGUUCUUCGACGAGGGUGGCGUGCGCAACUUGCCCGCCUAUCGCACCAUGGAAUCGAUUGUUGAUCGUUUUUGUGCACGCGAGGCGCUACGUUGUCAAAUGUGCGAAACAGAUCCGAAGGUCGCCUCGACUGUGUGCGAGCAAUGUGAGAUACGUUACUGCGAUGCAUGUCGGGAGCUGUGUCAUCCAGCACGUGGGCCGUUGGCCAAACAUAAUUUGGUGAAGCCGCGCAAUGCGGCACCGCAAAGAGAGUCCGUCUGUGGCGACCAUGCCGAUACGUUGUCAAUGUACUGUUUGGUGUGCAAGAUGCCCGCCUGUCCACAGUGCAUCGCCGAGAAACAACAUCCCGGACAUGAAGUGCAGUCCAUCAGCGUCACUUGCAAGGCACAAAAGGUAAGUGCGUAG